UUGAAUCUUCUCAUUGUGUCCAGGCUGUAAAAAUGCGUCACAAAACGCAAAAACACACUCUGGAAGGAUUGAUUUCAUAUUUCAAAUUGUUGUCUUUUCCAUUGUAGAGCAUAAAAAAUAUCUGAAAAUGUCAAUGAUGACAUGUAGAUAUGCUGCAAAUAAAUGAGCUUUUGAUUAGUUUUCUUAUUAAAGAAAUUUGUUUGUAUCUGAUUAUUCAUUUUAGACCCUUGCAUCUUUUCUUAACCAUUAUCUAUUUUAUAUAUAUUUCAUUUGGGUGACUAACUUAUUUCAGAUUGAUGUGGAAACUGUUCAAAGUAUUACUGAUGAAGUUUUGGCUACUUAUAUCCCAAAACUUGGUGACAGAGUUGCGUUAAAAAAUUACCUGUCGAAACCACAAAAAAAAAAAACGAAACGUACUCAUUUAUUUGAGAAGCUUCGAAACAAAAUUGCCGAAAAUGAUGGAAAAAAUAACAAAGAAGAAUUACAAGUUAAAAGGAAAUUGAUGGGAAAAGCAGAAAGGAAACCGACUCGCAAAAUUGAGUUUGGAUGGAUACAUGAUAGUAUUCAAGUGAGGAAACGAUUUGGAGGGGGAACAAGAAAGGAGGAUGUUAGUAGAAAUGCAGUGAAAGAAGAUUUAAUAGAGGUGGGAAAAAGGUUAUUUUUUCCUGAUGGAAUGUCAAAAAAAGGAGCUGUGGAUGAAUUUAAAUUUGAUAUUCUGGAUUUCAAAGAAACAAAGUUACCUGAGAAUAUUACUGUGUCAGAGUGCUAUGAUCUUUUUAAAACAGGGGUUGUAACAUUUUACUUGCACACAACACGAAAAGAUAGUUCUGUGUCAGCUCCAAGCAGCACAGUAACAUAUCAGCAGGCUAAUAACAGUACAUAUUCUAAUACACACAAUCAAAUAGCAACAACAUCUUCUGGUCCUGUCAAUGAAAGUCUGCCUAUCCCAAAGGACAUUUUAAAGUUUGCCAUCGACCAGUCUUUGAUGAGUGCUGAAGAAAUUAACUACAACUUAGAGUUUAACUUUGCCGGUCAAAGUGUCUCACCAGAGUCAGAGUCACAGGACUUAAAUAUGGAUGAAAAUUACACAGAAAUUGACACAGGAACUCCAACUGUUUCAUUCAGGCAACCAAUUGUGCAAAUAGCUUCCAACCAGUCUACUGAUCAAGCUGAAUCCAUCCAAUGCCAGGCUGACACAAAUAUAUCUCAACCAAGUGAAGAUGAAAACGAAAUCACUUUAUCAAUACACGAAGACGACAGUGUGAUAUGUACAGAUGACUUACCAACAAUGCAGUUCAGAGGCAGACGUAACUUAUCAAGGAGAAGACAGUUGUCACAGGAAGGCAGACCAAGUAUACUGGAGACUGUUAAACAGCAGCUGAAUUUUGAUGGAGAGAAGCAGCCAACUUGUCAAGAGAUUGUUCAUGCAUGGACAGUGAACACAACUAUAGAUGGAGACUCUGUAGUAGUAAUUCAUAGGCAGCGAAUAAUAGAAUCUACAAAACGUGCCAUGAAUCGCAAUGAAUUUAGUUAUUACAAGAAGCCAAAAAUAGUCUUUUCAGGGGAAAUGGGGGAAGACUUAGGGGGCCCAAGAAGAGAAUAUUUUAGAUUACUAAUGCAGGCUGUUAUGAUGGAUGUCUUUGAAGGAAGUCAAUCAUUAACUUUUAAGCAUAGUCUAAUGAAACUAGAAACUGAGGAGUAUUUCUUCGCAGGGAAGUGUUUAGCUUGGAGUAUUCUUCAUGGUGGACCAGGCUUAUCAGCACUUAACCCUUCUAUGUACAACUAUAUUGUAGGUGAUAACAUCUCAACACCUUCAGUGGAAGAUGUGACUGACUUGGAUGCACGGUCAAAUAUUGACAAGUUAUGCAGAGCACAAUAUAUAUCAGACCUGGAAGAGAUUAGUGAUUGGAUGAUUGAACAGGGCCUUCCACCGAUCACUUUACUGACAGAUGAAAACAAGCAGCAGAUGAAAGAGCUUGCUUUGAAAAACCAAGUCAUAUAUAGAGUAAGUGCAGAAGCUCAACAGUUUAAAGAUGGUCUUAGUUCAAUCCAUGGAUUUUACGAAGUGUUAAAAGCCUUCAAAAAAGAAAUGAAACCUGUUAUGUGUGAUACAAAAACUCCACUAAAUGUCAACUUACUCAAAUCAAUUUAUGAAGUCAACUUUAGUGAGGAGGGUUCAAAUUUGAGAAAACAGGAAGAUGAUACUAUGUACGCAUUUGAAUGCUUUCUUCAGGACUGUGAAGAUAAUGUGACCUGUGUCCAGAUAAGUGACCUGCUGUCAUUUUGGACAGGAGCAGUAGAAAUACCACUACUUGGUUUUGAAACAAAGCUGCAGAUUGGGUUUGUUUCAGACAACAGCCAACAAAACCUUCUGCCAGUUGCUCACACCUGUGGGAUGAUUCUAGAUCUACCAAGAGGAAUUUUGUGUCCAGAAAACUUUAAAACAAGAAUGAUUAAGGCACUUCAGUGGGGUGGAGAGUUUCAUUUACCUUGAGGACAUAUCUAGGGUUACAUAUUGACAUAUGAUAGAUUUAAAACUACACAACAGAUUUUUAUAUUUCUUAAAAGGAAUGCAUUAUUUAGAAGCGAACUUGUCUUUCCUUUCUGUCUGUCAAACACUCAAAAUAAUUUCUGGAAAAUAACUUGAAAGGUUGUUAAUAUAUAUUGGAAGAGACCAUUAAGAUACAGUGUUCAAAAAAAUAUAUGUUUAUCCUGCUUGAUUAUUUAUUGAGAUAAAAAUGCUUGUCCUGAGUUGACUUCCUUACAGUCAAUGAUAUUUCUUUGAAACUUACUUUUAGAGAAAAGUGAUGGGAUGUGCAGUGUAAGAGAACCAUAACUUUACCUCAAGAAAAGUAAAAGAUAGUGUAAUGGCAAAGAACCAUAGCUUUAAAUUGCUUAUUUGCUUGGACAUUCAUAACGACCUUGAUUUUUGUUAUUUAUAAAUGGAUUGAUCUAUUUGAAUAUGAUCUUGAAGGUCAAAUUUUUGAAAUCCUCUAUUUUUUUCGGUAAAUGGAUAUAACUUAAUUUGUUAUUUAUGAAUUGAUUUACUUUAUAUUUAGAUGACAUUCAUAUUAUUGAAUGUUCACUGAUUAUAAGCUCACCUGAGCUUGCUCAGAUUGAGGUUUUAGGAUCGAUGACUGUCCAUCCAUCAUCCAUCCACAUUUAUUUUGUUAACACUAGCAGUUACAUUUUGCUUCAAUCUCCAUGAAAUUAUGUUAGAAAAUUUCACCUUUUAAUAUCUCAGACGAGAUUGAUGCUUGAUAAUCUCAGCUAAAAAAAACUAGGUCACAGAAGCUUAUAAUAGGAAACUCUCAUUAAAACUGUAGUGGCUACUGUUUCAGUCAAGAUAUACUUGAAAUUGGUCAGGAAGGAAGGUUUGUAGCACAAGUUCCUAUAUGGGUUAGAUAUGAUCAAAAACUAGGUCUUACAGCCAAAAUAUGGAAAAAACAUUGUUUACACUCUAGUUGCUACUGUUUCAGUUCAAAUAUCCUGGAAAUUGGUCAAAAAGUUUGUUUUGGUUAUUUCCAUCACUAGUUCAAAUACGGUUAUCUCAUUUCAAAGGCUAGGUCCAAAUAUGGAAAAACCUUGAUAACACUCUAGAACAUUUUGUUUCAGUCCAAACACCUUGAAUUUGAUCAGAAAGUGUAAAUUGGUGAUUUCUAGCUCCAGCUGGAAUAUGGGUCAUCUGUGUUCAAUAACUAAGCCACACAGUACAAAUAUAAAAAACUUGGUUAACAAUAUAGAGGCUAUGGCUUUACUUCAAAUAUCCUGGAAAAUAGUCAGACAGUCUGGCUCAAGAUUGAAUAUGGUUCAUCUAAAUUCAAAAACUAGGUCAAACAGUCAAAAUAUGGAAAAACCUUUUUAAAACUCUACAGGCUACUGUUCCAGUCCAAAUAUCCCAAAAGUUGGUCAGAAAAUUUGUUGUUGUGAUUUCUAGCUCAGAUUUGAAUAUGGGCCAUUUCAGGUCAAAAGCAAGGUCACUCAGUCAAAAUAUGUAACACUGUAGAGGCUAUUGUUUCUGUCAAAAUAUAUUAGAAAUUAACAGAAACUAUGUUUUCAUGCUUUCAAGAUCAAAUACUAGGUCACACAGCAAAUAAUUUGGGAACAUUUUGUAAACAUGCGAGAGGCUACUGUUUCAGUUCAAGUAUUCUAGAAAUUGGUCAGAAAGUUUGUUUAGGUGAUUUUUAUCUGAUGUCUGAAUAUGCGUUUUCUGGGUUCAAAAAUUAGGUCACACGGCUCAAAUAUGGAACAACCUUGUUUAAAUUGACAUUUUAGGAGCAGAAACAAACAUCAACAGUUUAAGAUGAUGACAUUGGAACUGUUUUUCAUUCACAGCUAACAAUAUUGAUUGUUCCUAGUCUUAGUAAUCGAGAAAGUGAUAAAAAGGCCAUCAUGGCCUCUUGUUUUAUAAUUAGCUGUAAUUUUGUAAUUAACAUAAUUUAUGGAUUGUCUACAUACCUUGGCAAAAGAAUCUUAAAGGCUGAACAGACAUUGACAAUUAACUUUAAAUGAUAUUAACAAUUAAUGUCUUUAUAAAUAUUCACUGAUGUUUGUUAUGUCUGACAGUGUUUUUAUGCCCCCACAAUGUGGGAGCAUAUAGCGUUGCACUUGUCCGUCCGUCAGUCCGUCUGUACGGCCCGAAAUCUUGUGAACGCAACUCCUCUUAAACCGCAUGGCAGAUUUUGCUUAAACUUACAGGGAUGAACAACCUUAAUGUGUAGAUGGUAGUAUAGGAAGGAAUUUUCGCUGCGACCAAAUUUAACAGAAUUAUGGCCCUUUGUUGAUUUUUUCACUAGAUACUAUGUAGAAAUUUUGUGAACGCAACUCCUCUUAAACCGCAUGGCAGAUUUUGCUUAAACUUACAGGGAUGAACAACCUUAGGGUGAAGAUGGUAGUAAAGGAAGGAAUUUUCGCUGCGACCAAAUUUUACAGAAUUAUGGCCCUUUGUUGAUUUUUUCACUAUAUACUAUGUAGAAAUUUUGUGAAUGCAACUCUUAAACCGGAUGGCAGAUUUUGCCUAAACUUCCAAGGAUGAACAACCUUUAUGUGUAGAUGGCAGUAAAGGAAGGAAUUUUUGCUGCAACCAAAUUUAAGAGAAUUAUGGCCCUUUGUUGAUUUUUUCAUUAUAUACUAUGUAGAAAUUUUGUGAACGCAACUCCUCUUAAACCGGAUGGCAGAUUUUGCUUAUCCGGCAGAUUUUGCUUAAACUUCCAGGGAUUAACAACCUUAAUUUGUAGAUGGUAGUAAAGGUAGGAAUUUUUACUGCGACCAAAUUUAACAGAAUUAUGGCCCUUUGUUGAUGUUUAGUUUUCAACUUGUGGCACAUGUAGUCCAAAAAAUAUUUGACCUAGAGUUAUAAGAUUGACAGAACAGUGGCGUGUGGGGGCAUCCGUGUCCUAUGGACACAUUUCUAGUUUACUUUUGUAAGAAAUCAAUAGAUUAUUUUUAUAUUUUUGGACAGGGCAACAACUACAAAGCUGAAUUGAAUUUGACCUUUGAGGUCAGAUUAUUAUGCUCCCCGAAAAAUUUCGGGGGAACAUAUAGUCGUCGGGUUGUCUGUCAGUCCGUCCAUCCGUCAGUCCAUCCGUGCAUACGUCCUGAAUUUGUGUCCGGCCCAUAACUUUGUUAUUUGAAGUCUGAUUUUAAAACUAUUUCACAAAAAUGAUCACCAUAUUGAGAUGACGUGUUGCGCACAACAUUUGGGUCAUAACCUUGAAGGUCAAGGUCACAGCAUGACCUUGCAGCAAAAUUUUGUCCGGCCCAUAACUUUGCUAUUUGAAGUCGGAUUUUAAAACUAUUUCACGGAAAUGAUCACCAUUUUGAGACGAUGUAUCUUGCGCAAUAUUUGGGUCGCUACCUUGAUCUUGCUACCUUGAAGGUCAAGGUCACAGCAUGACCUCACAGCAAAAUUGUGUCCGGCCCAUAAUUUCUUUAUUUGAAGUCGGAUUUUACAACUUUUUCAUAGAAAUGAUCACCAUAUUGAGACAAUGUGUCACACGCAACAUUUGGGUUGAUUUUACACUUUGAACUUUGUCUGUGACAUAACUCUGACACUACAAGAGGUAUACCUUUGUGUCCAAAACCUAUUUGGAGAGCAUCACCCGGUUCAACCGGCUCUUGUUUAAUUAAGGUUGAGUUUUUGUGAACAAAUUAUACUACCUCUGAAAUAAAUACUGAAACAACAUAAUAUUUGACAGUAUUUUCAUUUUGGUGUAUAGUAUAUCAGGACUUUGGAUGAAAAGUGUUUUGGGCAACAGUCUUGGGGUCCACUGUAGCAGUGUUUUUUUGUGAUUUUUGUCUUUGUUUUGUUUUUUCUUUUUUGUUUAUGUUUAUUUUUUUUUUAAUUUUGUUCAUUUGAUAAAUGGUUUCAAAAGCUAAUUUAUUGAUCUUAACUAGACUUAAUAUUAUCUCUUUUAGAAUAAUUUUUUUUGUAAAUAUAUCUUUUUAAAUUAUUUUUAAAUAAGUCAAUGACUAUUAUUUUAAAGUUAAGGUCAAAUGAAUAGAAGAAAGAGUUAAAAGUAUACCAUAUUUUACUUAUAUCUAGGUUUGAUAAGUACUCUUGCUUUAAUUGGUGCCAUAAUGUUUUUUUUGUUAUUAUGUUGUUUUCUUAGUAUAUCAUAUGUUUAUAAGUACCCUACCGGUUUAACCGGAGCAGACUUUAGGUUUAACCUCUGUCCGUCCGUCAGUCUGUCCAUCCACAAAAUUGAGUCCCGCGAUAAUGCGAAAAGCACUGAAAAUAUUGUUUAUGGAAUUUGAUAUAUGGAUAGAUAGCAGUCUGAAGAUUAUGUACAUCUUUUUUUGGUGAAAAAUUUGGUUGCUAUGGCAACAAAUAGGCUUCAAAUAUGGCAAAUAUAGCAAUAUUUUUCAUUACUCAAAAAGUAAAGAAAACAUUUUUAUGAAACUAAAGAUAUAUGUUACUGAUCAUUAACCUUAUCAUAUGUGACAAGGUUUACAACUGUAGCACAAUUUUCAGAAUUUAGAAUUUUCAUAAAAUUGGAGGUGAUUUUUUUUUAUAACUUUUUUAUUUCAUAAUGUAUCUACUAUAAACUUCAUAUAUAUGUGUCUUAUUAUUACUCAAAUAAUUUGGGAGAAUGUUCAAUACUCUAGCUUGACUAUUUGUAGAAUUAUGUCCCCCUUGAACUUAGAUUUUUUUUUCUAAAAAUUAUUAUAUUUUACUCAAACUUCUUCAUUUCUUAUAGCAUUUCCUUCAAACUCCCACAUGAUAAUAAUAUGACAAGGCUUAUAAAUCUAGAAUCCAUAUUUCCAGAAUUAUCUCCUCCUUAAUUUUUGAAUUUUUCUUACUCAUUCUUUAACUUUCUUAUUUCUUUAUGGAUUUACUUCAAAUUUAAAAGAAAUUCAUUGUCAAGACCUACUUCACUACACCUACUUUAUAUGUGAUUAGAUCUAUAAGACAUUGUUUUCCAUGAUUAUUUUCAUUUCAUCUUGAAAUUUACUUGAAUUUUUCUUUAAAUUUUCUUCUUUGUUACUAUAAAUGGUAUAUUUUUUAUUAUUUUUUUUACUUUCUUUUUUGUAUAUAUAUGUAUAUAAAUGGUAUGUGCUUUAAACUUUAUUUUAAGAGUUAUCUCUUUGUUUAAGAAUUUUGCUUUUAAAAAUGUUAUAUUCUGGUAACAGCCAGGGAUGUUUAAAGAUUUAUCCUCAGAGUCUCUGUCAGUUGGUCUGUCUGUCCGUUUCUAAAAACUGUUUCCUGGGACUUUUAAAACAUUGAAACUUUUCCAACAAAUUUACUUAAAAUAGAGAAAAGUUGAAACAUCAGUUAUACAUAUUCAUUCUGAGUAAUUGGAUCUUUUGAUCAUCUGUUGUAUUAACAUAAUAAGGGAAACAUUAAAAUAUUACUUAGAUACAGACAAACUAAGCACUCAUGUCAUUCAUUCAUUCAUUUAAUUACAUAAUUCAAUGACCAGUGGCCCUUCAGAAUGUUGCUGGGGUUCUAACUGGUAGGGGACUUAUGGAUUGCUUGCAAUACUAUGAUAAUUGCUUGUUGAUUCUGGAAUAAAAAUUUUAAUUUCAAGAUCUUCAUUGUUUGACUUUCUUUUCAUGAAUUUAUUGUGCAUGCAAGUUUUAUGCCAGUCUUGAGCUUUCUAGCUAGUUUGGAUUGGGCAAUGCCUACAGUAAGUAUGGGGUUCAAAGAAUGAACCAAAGUGGAAUAUAAAACACAUCCUAUUUACAAUAUUAUUAGGUUAUCACAGUGAAGGAGGAAAGAGUAAACACAUAAUUACUUUAAUUAUAGAUUAUGGGUAGUACAUUCCUUUAACAUAACAUUCCUUAGCAAAAUACCUUCAUGUAUAUUAAACUCAAAAUGAAUGAAAUUAACUCAAAAUGAGAUAAUAUUUAAGUUAGAAGGAAACGUAGUAAUUUUCUUUUAAUUCAAUUGUUUUUGUAACAGUUAUCAAUUGUUAUUUUUGUGAACAAGUGGACAUUUUCUUGUAGUAGGUAUGAGUUUAUUAAAAUUGACGCAUGAAAUGACACUAUUUGAAGGACGAUAAAUGCCUUAUUGGGGGUUUAAGAUCAAAAGAUUCCUACUCUGGUAGACUCUAGCUAGCACACGGUGAUAGGGCGUUUACCACAACUUUUCUGCGCAACGUCAAAAUAUCAUACUUCUGACCGAGACACCGUUUAUUUCUGGACAAAAUGAGCCGUGACACAACAAAACCAACAUAGUGCGUUUGCGACCAGCAUGGAUCCAGACCAGCCUGCGCAUCCGCGCAGUCUGAUCAGGAUCCAUGCUGUUCGCUAUCAGUUUCUCUACUUGUAAUAGCGUUU